AGACCACCACGGAUAUUCGCAAUUUGGAACGGCCUGGCUAGCCAAGGUUCAUUGGUUAAUUUAUUUUUUAAAACUAUAUUUUUUUAUGGCUAGUGAGAAUUAGGUUCUGAAGUUUUUUUCUCGUUUCGUUUUAAAACUAUUUAUGCUUUGGUUAAUUGAAGGAAUGCCACUUUGAAUUUGAUGUUUAAUUUGUCACUGUCAACAUGGCGGAGAGAAGCGCAGACGGUGAAACGGAGAGAUGCUGUGUACAAUUCUAUAACCAUGAUACAUGUGAUCGCGGAGAUCGAUGCCCUUAUAAACACAAAGCCAAAUUUGAAGUUGAGCCAGUAGGAUUUAUUCACGGAAAGGACUUCUUUCUGGGUCAAAAUAUCUCCACUACUUGCCGGUUCUUUCGUAUGGGAAAUUGUCCACAGCAAAAUUUUUGUCAGUUUCGUCAUGAUAGACCCAACAAUAUUUUGAAGAGCACCAUACAGAGGACAAAUCCUAAAAAACGGACAGUGUUUACCCCUCUUUCAUUCACAAGCACAAAUAUGCCUUCAACAUCGACACAACCCAGCUUCAGUGUAGCUCGACAAUCUUCUUCUGCGGAAUUAAGUGGCGGGUUUACGGGCCGACCUACCACAGUUGUAAGUUCCACAGGGAUGAGAGGAGAGACACCAACUGUCUCCUCUGCAAACCACCCAAGUGCAAGUCGAAGCUGGGCAGAUGCUCCAGAAUUUAUUCCAAGUUGGGAAUGGACUCCAAGCAGGCCGCAAGCACAAAGCGCCCCAUCACAAGAAGGGGCACCAACACCACCUUCAAAUGUUCCAUACCCAGAAAUGUCUCAAUUUACUUCAAGCUUGGGACAGCCAAAUUUGUUUAAUAUUGGCAUACCUCUAAACCCACUGAGUCAGCAGAAUCUAAGUUACUCUCAGGCUGCUAAUUCUGGUCGAGACGAAGGAGCUGGUGAUUUUGCUAGGCCAGAAUCUAACAUAAUGUGUCCAUAUACAACUAGAACUGGUAUUUGUAUGAAUCUUACUCUCUGUCCGUAUCGCCAUCCUGAGUUAUGCGACAUGUGCGGUCUUCAUACUCUGAAUCCGUUCGAUGAAGAAGAACGUAGAAGACAUCAACAAGAAUGUUUGAAGCAACACGAGAAGAAUAUGGAGCUCUCCUUUGCUAUUGCACGGUCCAAAGAAAAAUCCUGCGGCGUGUGUUUCGAAGUGAUUAUGGAAAAAGCUAAUGGGGAACAGAGGUUCGGGAUUCUACCUAACUGCAAUCAUUGUUUCUGCUUAAGUUGUAUUAGGAAAUGGAGGCAAGUUCGCCAGUUUGAGAAUAAAAUUAUAAGAGCAUGCCCAGAAUGUCGGGUAACUUCGGACUUCGUGUGUCCAAGCAUGUACUGGGUGGAUACGAAGGAAGACAAGGACAAAUUGAUCGAUGAAUAUAAGAAAGCUUUGUCUAGAAAAGACUGUAAAUAUUUUAAGAAGGGGGAAGGGAAGUGUCCUUUUGGAAAUAAGUGUUUUUAUCUCCAUGCAGCCCCCGAUGGCAAGAAAGUAGACGUCGGUCCGCCCCCUCGACAAAGACGACAUCGACAUGUCGACGCAGAUAUGGAGGUACUACAGGUAAUGCUUUGGGAUUUCCUAGAUGAAAGGGAUUUUCCUUGGCAGUCUUUAGCGGACGAACUGGAGGAUCUUGCAUCGUUUUUUUCCGAUUCGGAUGAAUCGGUGCACUGGUCAGAUGGAGAAUAUAAUUAUUCUCUUGAUUUCGAAUAGCCAUUUCAUAUUUACAUGUCUCAUUUUUUUUAAAUUCUUAUUUGUUAGAUUGUAUGUAGUUAUUUUCCGUAUAUGUUUCAACCUCUCUAACACAUUUGCCCGCAGGGCAAAGAGUGUCUAAAUCAUAAUUUUUAUUGUAUUUUUAACGUUACUUUAAACCUUGCAGUGGUUAUUAUAUAAUACCUCACAAUUUACGUUAUAGGAGUAGAAAUUUUGAAUGAAAAAAAAAACAGUGAUGAAAGAUGUUUUCUCAAAAGUUUAAUUAAAAUUAGUUCUAAGAGAUAUAAAAAUAAUCUGUUUGUUAGUAUUGUUUCAAAGCUUUAUUGUUGCCUAUUGCCUAUUUUAUUCUAAGCAAUGAUAUUUCAUCAGGUUACAUUUAUAUCAGAUUUAUUUCUUAAGGUGAUAUUUAUUUUCUAGUUCUAUUUAGGAUCAAAUAUAUACGUGUGAUAUUUUGCUUAGCAACUUAAGUAACUACCAAAUGCGUGCUAAUAACUUUAAAUUUGGAAAUUAGUUUCGUAUGUACUGAAUAAAAAUUUGAAAUAUGCGUGCACAAUAUUUUUAAAAUGUAGCAGGGUACGCUAACGAUAACUCUUUUACUUUUGCCUUAAUGCCUAAACAGAAUUAAUUGAUAUUAAAUGUUGGAAUUUUUAAAGUGAACUAUGUAUUAAUUUUCCAUUUAGAAAUUCAAUCAGAAUCCCUUUUGAAAUAUAAUAAAUAUUAUACCAAAACAUGCUGAUCCUUGAUUCCUUAGACGAUUUUAAGAAAAAAAGUUUAUAUCAAUGAAGUUUCGCAUUCGCUUAAUUUUUGAUAUACAGGGUGUUGAAAAUAAAUUUUUUAAAAACGGGUCCUCACUUCCAUUUAAACUGCUUUAGAUAUUGUUUGUUUAGAACUGGCCCAUAAUCCAUAGCUUCUUGGUAAAAAUGCCCUCUUGACUGUGCCUAGUCAUGGUUCCUAAAAAAAUAUGCCUAUCACCUAAUCCAAAAUAGCCAAAAAAUAUAUCAAGGUAUAACUAACAACUAAAUAAUUUUUAAAUGAAAUCUAGAAAAAAAAAAUUGCUGUACGUGAGAUUGUAACCCAAGCCUGGAGCAUUCCAUAGUAAUAAUCAUUUAUGAUUAUUUAACUUUUAAAUUUUUAUUGUUUUUUAAUGUUUUGCAGUAGCGUACCAUUUUUUUUUAAUACAAAUAUUCAGUAUCAUGCUGACACUUACGCCAGUGACGACAGUAGAAAUAUAAUUUGUAUUAGAAAAAAAUGGUUCCAUGCUUUGCGAAAUUCUAACAAACAAUCAAUAAAAUAUCUAAAGCUGAUUCAACUCCCUGUAUAUAAAAACAAAGUCAUUGUUAUAAACUUUUUUUCUUUAAAUUAUUCACGGAAUCACUCCCUUAAGAGUAUUUUACUAUGAAACACUUUGUAUAUUUCCACUGCUAUUUUUUCUGUUCCACAUGUAACAUCUUGAUACAAAAAUAUUGGUUCCUUUUCCCUUGUUCCCAACCAGAAUUUUAUUUUUUAUUUAAAUUAGUUUUUUUCUAGUUUUUAUUUUAAAUAUCCGGAAAAGUUGCGAAACUGCUUUCUAUAACAAAACUAUAUCCUAGAGCGAAAGGAGUUUGUGUUCGGGUGUUAAUUUUUUUAAGUGUUAGUGAUUUCCAUUGAAAAUUGAAAACUCAAAUUUGACGAACCAGAUAAAUAAACACUUUGGAAAUGUAUUUUUGUUUAUUAUUCUUCAAAAAUUGUAACAACACAAUUUUUUUUGUUGGAAUUGGAAAUAAGCAUUUGAAA